AUGAACAGUCUUCAAGAAAGAUUAAAUAUUGUAAAGUAUGCAAUUACGAUAUCAAAUAUUUUAGUAUUGAGGAUUUUAAAACCCGAUAAAAGAAUAAUCAAAUCAAAACAACAAUCGGAACAGGUAAUAUUGGUUCAAAAAAAAUCAAUUUCACACAAAAUACAAUCACAUGGAGUGGUAACAUAUAUCCAUAUUAUACCACAGAAAAAGAAUGUUCAUCUAAAAAUUAAUAACAACAAUAAUAAUAAUCAAGUAGAAACAGAAACAGAAACCAAUAACAAUGGAACAAUAUUUACAAACAAGCAAGAAUCAGUCACCACAUUCAACCAAAUAAGAAUUAAUGAAGACAAUACCAAUGCAAUAAUAAAAUUAAUAAUAGAAAAAGUAAACGAUAAAGAUAAAGGCUUCACAUUUGCAGGUAAUCAAUUCAAAGUUACAAAAGGAGGACUCAAAUUAUCAUUAUCAAUUUCAAACUGGUUAUUCAAAAGCAAUCUCAAUAUAUCCCAAGUACAAAUGACAUCAGACAUACAGAUUGACUCAUCAAACAAAUCUAGAAGAGGGUCUGUUAAAGAUCUUAAAUUUGAUUUAGUUGGUGAUAGUGCAUUUUUUCCAAAGAUAAUUUAA